UUUUCCUUUCCCCCUUUUACAAACGCUGGCAAUUGACAUCAAUACAGGCAGCCUGGUAGAGAACAAACUGUCUCAUCCCAAGUGGACCCCGGCAGCUGGGAAAAGGCAGACAAGAUCUGGGGAAGCUGUGUGUGGGGUUUGAUUUUUCCCACCGAUCCCCGUCUCCUAUUUUUUUUUUUUUGGUGUGUUUCUUUUUUAUAUUCUUGCUGUGUUGGAACUAGCGAGUGGUGGAAGACGAGCAAUCUCCGAAGCCUCAUCAGUCAUCGGGACUGUCAGGAAUAGUGGCUUAAGAGGAAGCUCGGCCUGGGGCACUAUACCCUGUCAUCCAGUUCCCUGCCUCGGAGAUAAAGAUUCCAGCUACAUGGGCAAACGCCUGGAUCAGCCACAAAUGUACCCCCAGUACACUUACUACUAUCCUCAUUAUCUCCAAACCAAGCAGUCCUAUGCACCAGCUCCCCACCCCAUGGCUCCUCCCAGCCCCAGCACAAACAGCAGCAGCAACAACAGCAGCAGCAACAGCAGCGGGGAACAGUUGAGUAAAACCAACCUGUACAUUCGAGGCCUCCCACCAGGCACCACUGACCAGGACCUAAUCAAGCUGUGCCAACCGUAUGGAAAAAUUGUAUCGACAAAGGCAAUUCUUGACAAAAACACAAAUCAGUGCAAAGGUUACGGUUUUGUGGAUUUUGACAGUCCCGCAGCCGCCCAGAAAGCGGUAGCGUCUCUCAAGGCCAAUGGGGUGCAGGCACAGAUGGCCAAGCAACAAGAGCAAGACCCAACAAACCUAUACAUCUCAAAUCUCCCCAUUUCCAUGGAUGAGCAGGAACUUGAGAAUAUGCUGAAACCCUUUGGACAUGUCAUUUCUACAAGAAUACUAAGAGAUGCUAACGGGGUCAGCCGAGGAGUUGGCUUUGCCAGAAUGGAGUCUACUGAAAAAUGUGAAGUGGUAAUUCAACAUUUUAAUGGAAAAUAUCUGAAAACACCACCUGGCAUCCCAGCCCCUAGUGAGCCUUUACUGUGCAAAUUCGCUGAUGGAGGACAAAAGAAGAGACAGAAUCAAAGCAAAUACACCCAGAAUGGAAGGCCUUGGCCCAGGGAAGGAGAGGCUGGCAUGGCUCUGACCUAUGACCCCACAGCUGCCAUACAAAAUGGAUUUUAUUCUUCACCGUACAGUAUUGCAACCAACCGCAUGAUUCCACAGACAUCUAUCACGCCAUUCAUUGCUGCUUCCCCUGUCUCCACAUACCAGGUCCAGAGUACUUCAUGGAUGCCUCAUCCGCCAUACGUUAUGCAACCAACAGGUGCUGUGAUAACGCCGACAAUGGACCAUCCAAUGUCAAUGCAGCCAGCAAACAUGAUGGGCCCCCUGACACAACAGAUGAACCAUCUUUCGUUGGGCACAACAGGAACGUAUAUGACUGCUGCUGCUCCUAUGCAAGGGACCUACAUUCCCCAGUACACGCCUGUGCCUCCGACAGCUGUUUCUAUUGAAGGUGUUGUUGCUGAUACCUCUCCCCAGACAGUGGCACCUUCAUCCCAGGACACCAGUGGUCAGCAGCAACAGAUAGCAGUGGACACAUCCAAUGAACAUGCAUCUGCAUAUUCCUACCAACAGUCUAAACCAUAAACAAGACUGAAGAAUGUCCGUCUGAAACUUUGCCUUGAAUGAAGAGACUUCAUUGAACAAGAAGUUGGCUUCCAGUUUGCACAGGCGUCAAUGGAAUGCUUUUUUCUUUUUUAAUUUUGUACUUUACCCAACGAAAACAAAGCGUUUUGUGUGCUGUGCAAAUGGGUCCUUCAUGUGGUCUGACAGUUUAUUUUUGCCAUCAUUUUUUAAAUUAAAGUAAAAAAAAAAAAAACAAAAAAAAAACCAGAAGAGGAAAAACAACAAAAACAAAACAUGGAAGGUUGACAUUUGAUCUGGAAGAACAUUUGAAGUCAGAAUUGACCUGAAGGUGUAGAUAGAUUUUUUUUUUCUUUUUAAUAGAAAAUCGGAUGUCAAGAGGUGGGCAAGCAGAAAUGGAAAGAAAUUGUCUUCCUCGGUAAUUAAGCUACUCUUUAUUUUUUUUCCUUCUUGUUUAAAUGUGGGUUGUUUUUUUAUUUUUUCUUAGAAAUAUUUAGGUAAGGUUUAUCUUGAAUCUUAAUUGCCUUAAUUUUAAGGACGUCAAAGGCUCUCGAGGCAAGCUGUCAACGUCUUGUUAAAAAAAUCAAGAAAGAAUUGAAAUAUUGUGCCAGCUUUAACUGGUACAGAAGCUUAAGACUCUUGAGUUUUUAGGGUGAAAAAACUGUACAGUUUAAAAGAAAAUGUUUUUCUUCAUUUGAAGAAAAUUUGUUGAUAAAAGAAACCAUGGCAACUGCGAGAAUUGGAAAAAUGCUGGGACUUUUCAUGAACUUUGUCUUAAGUGUUGACCCAUUCUAGAAGGCUAAAACAUUUUAUGGUAAAGUUAUUAAGGUUGGUUUAAAAAACAACUGCAUUAGAAAUAAUGCGUGUUUGGGGGGCAGAAUGCAGAUUUUUUUAAUUUACAAAGCGUGAUUGCUAGCAAAAGCAUUAGUGCUUUUUAUCUGCAGUCUUUUUUAUGAGCUUUACAAAGUUUUUAGUCAGCUUUGCUUGUCACAUUGCAAAACCUAGCUUAAGAGCAUUAAAAAAAAAACCACACAAAAAUCUUAAGUAGAUAGGAGCUUAUGGUCAAAAGUGCAAAACAAAACAAACAAAAAAAUACAAAAAAAGCAAUAGAUAGAGAAAUUGUUGACAAUUUCUGUAGUCUUUCCUAGUUGUGAUCAAAUUCAGCCUAUGGAUGGCCUAUUUUAUACCAAAGAUGAAGUGGCACCCUAUUGCAGUCCAGAAGAUAGAGGUCAUUUUUCUUUACUUUUCGUUAAAAAUUUUUAUUUGACCUACAUGGCCGGACCAGUUCUUACUUUGUUUGUUUGUUUAAACUACCUUCCACUGGUGUUUUACAUACUGCAAAAAAAAUUUUAUUUUUAAUAUUUGUUGUUAGUAGAAGCUUGCUCCUGCUGUGUUCAGCCGUUUCAGCAUGAAGAGUUCUGGAUACCAACUGACAGAGCCAAAUGGCUUUCAAUUCCAUGAGCUUUUCCAGUUCCUUGCUAGCUCCCUUGAAUAGUGAAACCUAUAUGGAUGGCCACCAGUAAGCUAAGACACUUUUUUUAACAGGUUGAAAUUUCUUUUUUGUGAAUUUUGAAUGAAAGAUACUUCCUGAACCUGGUCUGAAGAGUCACUUGUCCAAAAAAAAGAAAGCAUAGUGAUAUUCUGUUAAGUGGUGAGUGGUCUCCUGAAAAGGUCCCAUUGUAUUAGUAACAAUAGUCUUCCUUCUAAAUUCCAACACCUCUUGAUUUUGUCUUUGCACCUUAGUCUUUGUCAUCAUCCACAAUGAAUAGGCACCUUGAUUCUGCAGUGGGGAAGGGAUAGCUUCUUUUUGCCUUUUUUUUCUCAUUAUAUUUUCAUAUCCUGGUAUUGUCAGAAGAAAGACAAUAGACCUUUUUAUUUCAAUUUAACUCUGAGAAAAGUAGGACCAAUAAGAUUGAGGAUUCUAUUAGUGGAAUUUAGGUAAGCUUUUAAAAUGCUAGUUGACAAUCAAGAAAUUAUUAUUUAUAUUCAUAAGAACCAAAACAAUUGGGUUUGAUCAAUCAUUAAAGCCAAAGGAGAUAUAUUUGCAUUGAGCAUGAUGCAAAGCUGUCUCUAAAAUGAAUUGAUGGAACAAACAUUCCUGCAUAUUUGGUUCAUGAAAUCCAUAUUCAACCUAUACAGUUUUACCUGAAACUAAGGACAAUGAAACUUUGUUCAUUGGACCAUGCCCUAGAAUUGCUUUUUGAAUGCAUCAUUAGAAUCAAAUAAGUGAAACUCUUUUCACAAACUAAGUCAUAGGAACCUGUCUUAGUCCAGAAGAAGAGGGAAAUGAAUUAAGUGCACUGUAAAAGAAAGCAGAGUUGGCUUUUAAAAACUAUUUAAAAAUUAAAGGAUAAAUCUUUUUUUCCAUUAUAUCAACAUGGGUAGUGAGUUUGACUCACACGAAAGUAUCAAUAUUUCACUAUUUAUGACCUACAAACAGAAGCCCAGUGUUGAAAUAGAUCUGGUUCUCUUAUUUGCAACACCAUGUAUUGGAAACUCAAAUUUAGAGAGUGACUCCAUAUCUUUGUGAUCAAAUUAGAGGCAAAAAUAUAUCCAAGAAAACGUAACAUGCUACAGAGAAAUUCGAACUGGUCACACCCAUCCUUAUGUUUUUCCAUGCUUUAGAGAGAAUCCUAGUUUUCCGCUCCCUCUGUUCCAUCCUUCAGCCUCUUCUGUAUUUUAAGGGUGGCCCUUAAGUUUUAUCUUUGAGAAGUGGGCCCCUAAAUUUCAGGGGGUAUAAGCAAACAUGUAUGGGAACUGUAUUUGUCCUCUUUCUUUUUCUCACUGUCUGAACUCUUUGUAUAAAUAAGGAUUAUCCUGGGCAUAAUUCAUUUGAAUAUGAAACCAACAUGCUUUCUUUUGUUUCUGUAAAAAAAAAAAUUAAUGUGAUACAAAGAAAGUCUCAUUUACACAACCAACAAUGAGGCUAAGAGGUAGCUACCAUGUGGCUGAUGAAUGUGCCUAGGUAACUUCCUGUUUCUAUUCAAAACUACUGCUUUAUUUAUACAUUCAGAAACAUUUUUUUCAACUAUGAAAUUUCCAUGAUCUCAAUUUUUUUUUUAAGCCACUUCAGGCAAAAGGAAAUUACCUAUAAUUUUAUGUAUCCAUGUGUGUUUUGUGUUUGGAUUUUUUAUAUCAUGCCAUUCUAUAAAAUACCUUAUUUCAAGUCAAGAAGGAAAAAAUGGCACAUGUUCAAAUUUGCAUCUGUCAUCUUACCUAAUUGUUUUUUAAGAGUCAUGUCUGGGGAGGGGCGGGGGUGGGAAGCAUCAACAGGUAAGCAGCGUUACAUUGUAUUAAAAAUAAAACAACCCAAAAUCUGUGUUCAAUACAUGCAGACAUCACAAUCCUAAUUUAAUCAACAAUAGUUAUGUUGGUUAUUUUAAUCCUAUUUACGUCUGUAAUUUUUUUUUAAGUAUUCUAGUUCACCAGGGUUUCAAGCAUUUAUUUCGGUGUUCAAUUUUUCCUUUCAAUUUUAAUUGUCAACACUUAACCUAAAUAUUAGAAAUCAAACUAAAGCCAGAAUCUAAAUGGGAUAAACACUAUCUCAUCCAAACUCUAGUAACAAGAACACUGGAGGAGGAGGUGGUUUUAUUUUUGUUUUAAAUAAUGAUAAGGUAUUGUCGGGGUGACAAAGUAUGCCUAGUGACUGGGGGCUCCUCAGUGCAUGGCCAGGUCUCCUGAAGGUGUCAUGGACCCUAUGGGAACUCAGUGUGAUACUAGCAGGGGCUGAUGACCAUCCUUGAACAUUGCCAUGUCUUGAAUAUUGUGACAUAAUAAUCUAAAAAAAAAAAAUCCCCUGACUCCAGUUUGGUCAGGGUUAGUUUGUUUCCUUGGUAGAUUUCAAUUGUCCAGGUGUUGUCUCCAUGCUUCACUUGAAUCAAUUCUUCCUGUGACCUUAAUGGAUCUGCCACAUUUGACAGCAUGUAAGACUCACCUUAAAUCUUUUCUAAUGAAAAACUACACGGUGUUAAAAGCACUCACCUUAGAGCAGGAAGGCCAAGAGUAGCAGGUGGAUAGAGGAAGUAGGAAGUUCACUGUACCUACAGAAUACAUCAAUCUUUUGCAACACUGCUUUAAAAUUAUUUUCAAUUAAUGUGUGACCAAAAAAAAACUUCUAUUUUUUCCCAAAAAAACUUGUUUUGAAUAAUUGGGAUGCCAUCAAACACCUAUGUACCUUUUAGAGUGGUCUAAAAUCUCCGCUAGUGAAAAGUGAGAUUUGAUUUAAAUAGGACUUUUGCAGUCUUUUUCACGAUUGAGAAGUUUCAAUGUGCUGUCUAGACAGAUUAUAAUGUUAGUAGGAGACUAAAAAUACAUUUGACAAUCGAGUCAUGCUUCAUUUGAGCACACAAACCACUGCAGAUGAGCUGAUAAGCAGAGGAAAAUUCUUAAGUGGGUUUCAGUGAUAAAUGUUUUUAUGUGAUAUGAAAGGAUAAUAUUUAUGUAUGUGUAGUACAACAUUCAGCACUUUUGAGGGUCACUUCAAAAUAAAGUUAAAACAUGUCAUGGAGCCCUUGAUCUGUAUUAUCUUGUCCACAGUAGGGAGUGAAAGAUGAGAUUUUGUUUUCCUUAUUGUGGCUGGCAUGCUUCCAAAUUUGGAGCUCACUGGGACUGACAGCCUCUCACUGCAAUCCGAGGGACUGAUGUAAUGGAAACAGGCUCAUUGAUUCUGUACACUAUCCCCUUCCUGUGGCAGAGUGAUAGUGGCAUUUCAUUAAUGAAUCAAUUCAUUUUACAAAUGACAUCCACUGUGGCAGUGGAGGACAGUUGAGUCUAACUCACAUUUAAUAAUUUCCACCAAAUAUAUUUAAAUAUGUAAUUAGUCUUUUCAUCCAAAUGCUCUUGGUCAUGGCUGUCCUUUGUAGAUUACAUAGUUCAGGAAAGUACAAAAGCUAAAUGUAAGAUCCCUGAGUGGCCCCCAAAAUCGUUUAUGAUACAGGGUAGGGAACUCACCCCAGAUUGUCGACCUCUUUUAUCGUUGGUUAUAUACCCCAAUACAUAUACAUAUUCAUUCAUUCUCUCUUCUCUCUCUCCUCUCUCUCUCCUCUCUCUCUCUCUCUCUUUCUCUCUCUCACACACACACACACACAGGAUGGAUGGCUUCUCAAUAUUCAUUUCUUUGUAUUUUGGGGAGGAAAAAUGAUGUUUCAAGAAAUGCUUCUUUCCCUCAGAAGCAUUAAAGCUGAAGCAGAGAUGAGAUCAAGCUUGGAAUCUGCAGGAAGAACCACUAGGCCACUGAGUCGCACUUUUCUUCCUUUUUAUUCACUCCAGUUAAUAACCACCCCAUGACCAAAUCUUACAGAAAUACAAUCACUCUCAAUUUUUGAAGGGCUAAUUAUCUACUUUGUGCAUUUCUUUUAUAUUUUCUUUUCAACUAUUAGGACUUGGGGCUUGAGUGAUUUUUGUUUUUUGGUGUGUUUUUUUUUAACAUGCCACCCUGAGGGUGGAAAAAGAAACAAUUGGAAGUAAAAUUCAAAUUAGUCUAUUUUGCUCUUUGUUAAGUAUUGGUUUAUUGAAGGAGUUUGAAAUCAUUUGUAAAAAUUAAUGUCAGAGCAUUACAUAGCAUUGAUUUUUUUUUAUUACCCAUGGUGUCCCUUUCCCAUCCACCACAAAUAAUUGAGAGUUGACUGUAUUCUUGCAGAACAUAAAGAAAAGAGGAAAAAAAAACUGUAGCCAAGAAUUUGGCUUCCCUCAAAAGAAAGCUGUUUCGGUUUCGUUCACCUUUGAAACUUGAACCAGUAGAAAAGGUCAACUCAAAAUUCAGUUAUGAAAAUAUAACUGCUCUUAAAUACACACUUAUCCCCAUCUUAAAUCUUUCACGCAAAAAAAUUUUUUUUAACUUUGCAGUAAUGUGUUAAGGCUGAAUGACCUUGACAUUCCAGUGGAUUUAUUUAAAUAAUCAUUUCAAAUUUAAAUAGUGUCCAAAGUGUAACUUUUCUGUUACACUUUUUAUUUUAGACCCUCUGGUCUUAGAUUAUUAAGAUGCUCUGUCCUCCCUAAAUGCUAUUCCCUCAUAUAUAAAAAAGGAGUUAUUCCAUACUUUUCAGGAACUGUAAAUACUAUUUCAAAAAGACACUUGAAAAAGUUUUCUCCAUUCUGGAAAUCAAUGCUUUCAUUUCCUUAAAAAGAAGAAUUGGAAUAUUAAUUCAAAAAUAUAUAGGUAAAAGUGUUCUUGCUAUGAAAUAUUCAGUUUCUUAAAAAAAAAUGGGACAGCUUCUAUUAAAACCCUUGUUUCAGGCCAUAUUUGACUUCAUGGAACUUCUAGAUCAUCAUUUAAUUUUGAACUUAAUUUAAGAGCAUUUUGUACUGCUGUCUCUGUCAUGGAAAGUUAUGUAAUUCUAUGGUGUUUCUGGUUUUAUUUUUAAUAUUUUCAUCUGUACCACAGUCAAACUAGCUACCAUUUCCCCCAUUCCUUGGGCUUUCUGUAGAUCAGUGGAUGUUAGGUUUAAACUUCUGUUUUAUUUGAUGAAGCUUUCAAUAAAAAAUGGAAAUAAAAUCAA